GAAUUACUGUCUCCAAGUCAUUUAGCCACACAGAGCUUCUACGAGCUGCACUUCAAGGCUUUCUAGAGGCAACAAAGGAACCAGCUCCGGAGGGAAUGGAGUUAAUGACCGAUUUCCAAUUAGUUGAUGCAAUCAGGACACUUCUCCAUCAGAAGAGGUACAUAAUCGUCUUUGAUGAUGUAUUGAGUGUGGACGCUUGGGAUGCAAUAAUGUACGCAUUCCCCGAUUGUAAUUCUGGCAGUAGAAUUAUCUUCACAACAAGAUCAAGCAAUGUAGCAGCAUCUUUAGAGAUUACUAAUCGUGUUUAUCAUCUACAACCCUUAACACAGUCAGAGGCUUGGACCCUCUUCUGUAGAAAGGCCUUCAGAGCGGAACAUAAAGGUGUAUGUCCUGUAGAGCUAGAAGAGUUGUCUAGAGGUAUCUUGAGGAGGUGUGAGGGGUUGCCACUCGCAAUUGUAGCUAUAGGAGGUAUGCUAUCGAAGAAGAUUAAAGUGGGUUCAGAGUGGAGGAAAGUGCAUGAUAGCUUAGCUGCUGAAUUCAGAAAUGACAACAACCUUGGGAGUUUACAGAGAAUACUUCUAUUGAGUUACAAUGAUCUUCCACAUUACCUUAAACUAUGUUACUUGUAUUUAAGUGUGUUCCCUGAGGAUUACUUAAUUAGAAGAACGAAUUUGGUCCGACUAUGGGUAGUUGAAAGGAUUGUGAAAGAAAAGCAAGGACUAACAAUGGAGGAAGCAGCAGAGGACUACUUUAAUGAACUCGUUAGCAGGAGUAUGAUUCAAGUAGUAGAAGUGGAUUUUUCCUAUAGGGUCAAAACAUGUCGGCUUCAUGAUCUAAUGCGAGAAAUAAUCCAAUUAAAAUCCAAGGAAGAAUCAUUUGUUGUGAUAGCAAAUGAAGGAGGCAUCAGAACAAAUGAUAAAGUUCAUCGAUUAUCGAUCCAUGAUAAUCCCAAGGAAUUAUCAUCAGGUAUCAGAUUUCCAUAUCUUCGAUCUCUGCUUCUAUUUACGCCAACCGAUUCUGUCGCCUGCUUCGGGCAUGCUCUGUUUCGUGAUUUCAAGUUAUUAAGAGUCUUGGAGCUAGAAAAUCUGCCUCUUUUGAGUUUUCCACCCGAGUUGAUUGGAUUGAUUCAUUUGAGGUACUUAAGUUUGAGAAGAACAAUGAUAACAGUGCUUCCAGAGUCCAUAAGAAAGCUUAAGAACCUCGAAAUACUGGAUCUGAAAAGAAGUCUCGUAUCAUCCCUACCCUACGGGAUAUUGGAGCUGAAAAAUCUUCGCCAGCUCCGUAACUAUCGUUAUCGUUCUGGGUCAUCAAUGUUUUCCCAGACGUACACGGAAUGAGAGUGCCACCAGGAAUAGGAAGACUGACGAGCAUACAGAAAUUAGGAACCAUUGAAGUGAAUGAUGAUUGUGAGUUAGUGAAGGAGUUGGGAAAGUUAACUCAGCUUCGGAGGUUGGGAGUUGGAAUGGUAAGAAAAGAACAUGGGAAGGAUCUAUGUUAUAGUUUGGACAGGAUGAAACAUCUUACUGCAUUGUUCUUGGUUUCAAUGAACCGAGAUGAACUUUUAUGUCUGGACUCUGUUGCGUCACCUCCCACAAAUCUUCAAUGUCUAUACCUUAAUGGUUGUUUGUUGACUUUACCUAAAUGGAUAGCGUCACUUCGCUAUCUUUCCAAGCUCGUCUUUCAAUUUUCUAAAUUGCCGAACGACCCACUUAAAGCCCUCCAGGAUUUGCCUAGCUUAGUGGUGCUUGAAAUCAGAGAAGCUUAUGAUGGAGAAGAACUAUGCUGUGAUGCUAGAGGUUUCUCAAGGCUUAAGAAGCUUGGUCUUUAUCAACUCAAAAGCUUGCAGAGCAUAAAAUUGGCGGAAGGAGCAAUGCCUGGACUAAAGAGGCUAGACAUCACAGCAUGUGAAAAGUUAGAAAUGGUGCCACAGGGCAUUGAGCACCUGACAAACAUAGAAGAACCGCUACUGUGGGAUAUGCCUUCAAAAUUCUUGAGGACAAUUGCGCGGUCCGACGGGGAAGACUUCUGGAGGGUUCGAAACAUCCCAACAAUCAGACGUAUCUACGAAAGUCGCGGGAGAUGGGCGGUUGAAACUAUUUAAUCAUUGAAGUGGCAGCCGUUUUUCCCAAGUUCAAAGGCUUGCAUAAUCUAUUGCCUAGGCAUCUGCAUAUUGAACUCCUGUUUCUCUUCCCACGACAAUUUUAACAGUUUCUACAGAUAGAAGACAAUGUCGGCGGGUGCUUGAUUUCCAUUUGGAGGUUCACUUCCUUGGCCAGGACACUCUACUCAAUAACAUGAAUAAUGAGAAAGAUAAAGUUUCAUCAUUUCAGUCAGUUUUGUUUCUAUUUUAUGAUUAUUUAAUUAGUUGUGAUAACACUAAUUAUAUUUUAUAAUAAUAAUUUCUUUCUAUUA